AUGCCUACCAUGGACGACGAACUGCCGAGCACGACAUUCCAAGACGGUGCUGACGCGAGUUCGACAUCACGACCGAUCAACGAUAUGAACCCCGCUGAUCCAGACACAUGUCGCAUAUGCCGAGGCGAGGCUACCCCAGACGAGCCACUCUUCUACCCUUGCAAAUGUAGUGGGAGUAUAAAAUACGUCCACCAGGACUGCCUGAUGGAGUGGCUGUCCCAUUCGCAGAAGAAACAUUGUGAGCUGUGCAAGACACCGUUCCGCUUCACAAAGCUCUACUCCCCAGACAUGCCCAAACGGCUGCCAUUCCACGUCUUUGUAACACACAUGGCGAAGUAUAUCUUCCGCAAUGUUCUGGUGUGGCUACGUGCUACACUGGUCGCGAGCGUGUGGCUUGGCUGGCUCCCAUAUCUGAUGCGCUCAGUUUGGUCGUUUUUGUUCUGGAUCAGUGACGAAGGAUUCGGGCCAGGACCAACUGCUACGGGCUCGACAUUCGAUCUCUCUGGUCGACAAGGAUACUCGCUUUCUAUAUCAGGUCCUGGUUCCGCGACAUGUCCUUCGUCACCACUAUUCGAGCAUCAAGGUCACCCGACAACCGCGGCUAGUCUGGGCGACUUCAACGAUAGGCUCUUGAAAGCACUGUUCAAGCCGAUCAACGUUGCGGCCGGUCAGCCAUGGUGGAUGUCUCUGUUGCGCCUACUGUUUGGCAGCAAUGCUGCCUUGACCGACGGAACCACUGACGUUCCUCUAAACGGCAUUGAUGCAAUCGACACAACCAACGUCACCAUUAGUGCGGUCGAAUCCGGGCCCUCAUCAUUGCUCAGUGAGGUGAGCGUGCUUCGAAACCUGACGCGGCACCCGGCGAUCAAUCGGACAAUCAUUACAGUUCUCGAAGGGCAAAUCAUCACAAUCCUCGUCAUCGUCUGUUUUAUUCUGAUCAUUCUGGUCAGAGAUUAUGUUGUACAACAGCAGCCGGAACUGAAUAUGCGAGCCGCAUUGGCGGCUGCAGACGACAACCCGCCUGUGGCACCAGCUGGUGCGGUGCCCCCAGGAGAAGUGGAGGUACACGAGGUGGCGGAACAGGACAACGAUAGCACUGACGGCAACGACUUCGAGCCUGAGAUGUUCCACCUUGACGAACAGGAUGGACGACCUCUUGAGCCUCACGAUCCACCAGCAAAUAUACAAAACAGGCGCAUCGCCGUUCUACGCCGCCGUGCUGCACGACAAAACAUGCAAAACACACUGGAUUUGCCCGACAGUAUGAACACAGACAGUUCUCAAGGCCCUGUAGCAGAUGAACCUCUCGCCGAAUCUAGGCAAUCAAGAGAUGGCGCAGCGGCUGAGCAGGGCGAUGACUACACAGCGGUACUUGCUGGUGCACUUCGAGACAAUGCUCCUCAGAGUACAGUCAGCAUGUAUUUGCGGAUAUAUCGUGAGGAGGGCGGUGAUCGAGAUCGCAUCCUGCGAAAAAUUCGAGAAGAGGGCUUAGAAGACCGCCUUCGGCAAUGGGUUGGAAUAACCUUGGCGAUGCCACAGCAGCCUAGUCCCUCGACCCAGCCCAACGGACUAAGACCAAUGCCACCUCAAUCGCAGGGCCUGCCGCCAGCCCCUCCUUCACCAGAGGCUAUUGAGCAAGAGGACAACGGCAAAUUCAGUACUAUGUCCUCGACAUGGGACUGGACGAAUCUAGAAUCUGGGGAUAUUGAUACGUCCGAAAAGGGCAAGGGAAAAGAGCAGUCCAGACCUUCGGACGAGCUCGAUGCCACUCGAGCCCCAGCGAACUUGCCUUGGCACACAUUCGGCAGACAGGCCGGUGAAGCGAUUGGUCAGCAAACCAAUGAUGAAGGACGACUUUCGCCUUUCCGGUCGCCAUCGACAUUUUCGGGUCGGCCUCGCUCCAUCUCAGAUGGACCCCAGAGGCAUGAAACGAUCAACCCGCUCGCCAACAACAACUGGUCGUUUUCUCGUACCCCGCAACUCAACCAUGCCGAGGGUGCGACGCCACCCGUUGCCGACUUUGACGAGCUCCGGUAUACGUCGUUUCCAUCCGCAGACGACGCCCCGUGGACAGUCGAGGCGGCCAGGCACGACGAAGCACCAGCGCUUUCCGAUAGAGAGCCAUCAGAAGGCGCGUUAGAUGAUGCGUUCAUCCCAGACAACUGGGAAGACCAGGCCGAUCUUGAUGAUGGCUUCGAAGCCCCCGGUCCUCCAAUUGAGGAAUCGAUGCAAGGUCCUGAAGCGGAAGCAGGAAACAUGGCCCGCCGCGAAGAGCCAGCCGGGUUUGUCCAUCGCAUGGCUGACUUUAUGUGGGGUGAUGUGGAUGCGGACGCGUUAGACGACCUCGCCCGCGAGAAUGCUGUCGACAUCUUCGGUGACGAUCAGGCUGCUCCCUUCAUAGACAACGGGCUCGGAGUGGACGACGCUGGCAAUCUGGAUGACGAGCUGGCGCCAGAUGUUAUGGAGGCUGCAGUGGCAGCCGGUCUUGACCCUGAAGCUCUGGAGGACCAGGAAGAUUUCGAAGGCAUCAUGGAGCUCAUCGGCAUGCGUGGUCCGCUCGCUGGCUUGUUCCAGAAUGCCAUCUUUUGCGCAUUCCUUGUCUCAAUCAGCAUCUUCCUAGGCAUCUUCGUGCCUUACAAUAUUGGUCGGGUUGCUGUCUGGGUCAUCGCCAAUCCCACACGGCUGGUCCGCAUGGCCUUCAGCUUUUCCAAAUUCGUACAGGACUGCGCCCUCAUGAUCAUAGGGUUCUCUGUGGCUCCUCUCUUCAAACUGUUAGAAUUCUGGCGCCGCACGUUUCAUGUCGAUGUUGGUGGCCAAGUCCUGGAACGCGCCAACGCUCAAACCAUCAACAUUGCCAUGGGAGCUUUCAAUCGCACCACCACCAGUUUAUUGUCCGAGUUUCAUCUUAUCACAGCAAGCGAAAUGAGGAAUUUCUCGGCAAUCAGCCACGAAGCUCUUGACUUUGUCAAAGCCGACAUUCGCUACCUCAUCAACUGUGUAGUGGCUACACUGGAUUAUCUCUUCGGCGGCGACUACAUUACAAAGCUAGGCACAGUCCGCGAGGUCGUCAUGACCAAUAUGCCAGCGGCAAUCGACAUGCUCCGUAAAUCGCCAUCGAUUCUGACCGAGCCAAGCUCAUGGACAAUCAGUCUCAAUAUCACCGAGAAAGCCUCGACAGUUAAUCCCGGGCUGGCUUCUUGGGAUGCGAGUGAUCGUACGUUAGCUGUGCUUGCCGGAUACCUUGCCUUGUCCUUCGCUGCGGGACUUUACCUCGGUCGUGGUCGACCAUUCUCUUCGUCCGAGGCGACACAAGACUGGGAAGCGUCCAUUAUUGAUGCGCUGAACCAGGCUAGCGGUGUUAUGAAGGUGAUUCUCAUCAUCAGCAUUGAAAUGCUCGUCUUCCCCCUUUACUGCGGCAUGCUACUCGACUUUGCCCUGCUGCCGCUUUUUGAAGACACUACACUGAAGUCUCGAAUGCUGUUCACGUACAACUUUCCACUCACGUCAAUCUUCGUGCACUGGUUUGUCGGAACGGGUUACAUGUUUCAUUUUGCCUUGUUCGUGGCCAUGUGUCGCAAGAUCAUGCGGAAAGGCGUGCUUUACUUCAUCCGAGAUCCCGAUGACCCGGAAUUUCAUCCCGUCCGCGAUGUACUUGAGCGCAAUGUGACUACUCAGCUCCGAAAGAUCAUGUUCUCGGCAUUUGUCUAUGGGGCACUCGUCAUCGUGUGCCUUGGAGGUGUCGUUUGGGGUCUGUCAAUGGCACUACCGAAUGUGCUCCCUAUCCACUACUCCUCAAACGAACCAGUUCUGGAAUUCCCGAUAGACCUCCUUUUCUACAACUUCCUCAUGCCCCUGGCUGUGCGCUUCUUCAAGCCAAGCGACGGGUUGCAUUCCAUGUACACAUGGUGGUUCCGGACUUGCGCUCGCGGCCUCCGCCUGACUUGGUUCUUGUUUGGCGAACGCCAGAUCGACGAAGAGGGCAGUCUAAUUACCUCUGCUGCGCAGAUCGAUCGAGACCUGCCGUGGUGGCGCAGGCUUUUCCUUGAGGUUACACCAGAGGGGCAAGUUGCUCCCAAGAAUUGGACCAAUUUCUUCGAGGGUGGACAUUCCACCCCGACAUCUAUGCUGUCGGAGCAAUGGCUGGAGGAUCUGAGCGACCAGAAAAAGGCAUUGGUCGAGUCCGGACAGCUAGUAGGCAAUGGCCGUUUCGUACGGUCACCAGCUUCUGACCAGGUUAAGAUCACUAAGGGCCAGCCUGUAUUCCUUGAGGUGUCGGAGCACAACGCCCGGAUCGACGACAAGCCGGAUCUCCCAGAAACUGACAUAUACUCUGGCGUCCACUACCAACUUGUCUAUGUCCCGCCGUUCUUCCGCUUCCGCAUCUUCCUAUUCAUCCUCUUCAUCUGGCUCUUUGCAGCGGUCACGGGAGUUGGGUUCACCAUUAUUCCGCUCGUAUUUGGCCGUCAGAUGUUCAAGGCGCUGAUCCCCUCGCAUAUCCGAACCAACGACAUUUAUGCUUUUAGCAUAGGCAUCUACAUUCUUGGCUCUCUCGGAUACUUCCUGCUUCAUGCUCAAUCAACCUGGGCCAACGUUUCCGAGUGGUUCCAUGUCAGGCUGCAGACAAUGCUUGCACAGAAUGUCGUUCAACGCGGGCAGCGUGUUCUACGUCAAACCGCGCGUCUUGCCUACGCAUACGCCAUGCUCCUCGUCGUGUUCCCACUUCUCAUCACGGUCGUGGUCGAGCUCUAUGUGAUGAUGCCACUUCACACAUACAUCUCAUCGUCCAACUCGACCCGCCUAGACGGCCUGCAGCAAGGUCACACGGUUCGGGUGAUACAGGCGUGGACCUUGGGCAUCUUAUACCUCAAACUGGGGUCUCGGGCCUUGACCGUAUACGGCGGGCGACCCGCCCAUGCUGUGCGGGCAGUGCUGAGACGCGGGUGGCUUGACCCGGAUGUCGGUGUCUUGACACGUGCUUUCGUCAUACCUGGCAUGGCGGUCGGCUCGCUCCUGAUCUUUGGACCCCCCAUCUUCGCCAAGCUCUGGUUGUCCGGCCUUUUCAUUGAUACAAGCAACAGCAACCUCUCUCAGCAGGACGGUAGUGCCGGUGCUGAUGAGGUCCCUCACCUGACCACGAUUACGCGUGAGCAGCGCGUCAUGGCGUACCGGAUGGCGUACCCGAUUACUGCGCUCUUCUGGCUGGCAAUCCUUGUGUCGCGCCGUAUCCUCCGCAUCGUCUCCGGCUGGCAGGUGCGCAUCCGCGACGAGGCCUACCUCAUGGGUGAACGGCUGCACAACUUUGGCGGCACAACUGUGCGUGCGACUGGGCCCACCUGGCGGGGUCAGCGGCAGUUGUGA